ACUUCAUUUUCUGGUCUCUGUUCUUCUUCUUCUUUGGAGGAGAUAAAGAAGAAAAGAAGAAAAGCAGAAGGUUCCAAAAGGAGAGGCAUAGCUCCUUCCCUUGCAUUUGAAGACUCUUUUUCUUCUCUCUGUGAAGAUGUUUGAUUCCUUAAGCUUAAACACAGUUGAAGUUUCUCAUCAGAUUCCCUUCACUACUUUUCUUUUCUUUUGUAGAAAAUCCGUUAUCACUUCUUCAGUGCUUAAAUUCAUUUGUCUUUGCUUCAAGUCCUUCCAAACUCAAUCUUCCUGAAGAAAAAGAGGAGGAAAAAAUGGUCCCUCUUAUUGUCUUGACUCUGUUUUCUAUUCUAACAACUCUCCCUUCUUGCUCUGCUUCUUCUCUUGUUAGUGAUUUUCAUGUCUUGGUGUCACUAAAACAUGGGUUUCAAUUCCCUGAACCAGGCUUGAGCUCAUGGAAUUCUUUGAACCCGAGCUCGGUUUGUUCUUGGGUUGGAAUCCGAUGCUCUAGUGACCGAGUUGUUUCGUUGGACUUGACAGAUAUGAAUCUGUGUGGCUCAGUUUCUCCUCAAAUCUCACUACUUGAUAGCCUCACAAACCUCUCUAUUGCAGGAAACAACUUCACAGGAAGUAUUGAGAUUGCACACAUGAUUGGUCUUCAGUCACUCAACAUCUCAAAGAACCAGUUUAGUGGUGGCCUGGAUUGGAACUACACAAGCAUUGCGAAUUUGGAAGUAUUUGAUGCUUAUGACAACAACUUCACUGCCUCUCUUCCACUUGGAAUCUUGAGCUUGAGAAAGCUCAAGUACUUGGAUCUUGGUGGCAAUUUUUUCUAUGGAAGUAUACCUGGAAGCUAUGGAGAAAUGGUGGCGUUGGAGUACAUUUCACUGGCCGGCAACGAUCUUCGCGGUAAAAUCCCUGGUGAGUUGGGUAAUCUCACCAACUUGAGGGAGAUCUACUUGGGUUAUUACAAUGUUUUUGAAGGUGGGAUUCCAUUGGCGUUUGGGAAUUUGGUCAGUCUGGUUCACAUGGACCUUUCAAGCUGUGAAUUGGAUGGACAAAUUCCUAGUGAGUUGGGGAAUCUGAAGCUGCUUGACACUCUUUACUUGCACAUCAAUGCACUCUCUGGUUCAAUCCCAAAUCAGUUGGGCAAUCUCACAAACCUGGUGAAUUUUGAUCUCUCAGCCAAUGCACUCACCGGUGAAAUCCCGGAUGAAUUCAUCAAUCUCAAACAGCUCAAGCUCUUCAAUCUGUUCAUGAACAGACUACAUGGUUCAAUUCCUGACUACGUUGCGGAAUUGCCAUAUUUGGAAACUCUAUGCCUUUGGAGGAACAACUUCACUGGUAGAAUCCCAGGAAAACUUGGGCUAAAUGGGAGGCUUCAGGUGCUGGAUUUGUCGUCAAAUAAGCUCACCGGAACAAUCCCUCGAGACUUGUGUGCCUCAAACCAGCUGAAAAUCCUAAUUCUGCUAAAGAAUUUCCUUUUUGGAUCGAUCCCAGAAGGCCUGGGGACAUGUUACAGUCUCAUUAGAGUGAGGCUUGGAGAGAAUUACUUGAAUGGUAGCAUUCCACAAGGCUUCAUUUACUUGCCAGAGCUAAAUUUAGCAGAAUUGCAGAACAAUUAUCUCUCCGGGUCAUUAACGGAGAACAGUAACAGCUCUUCGAAACCAGUUAAGUUAGGCCAGCUCAAUUUGUCAAACAAUCUCCUAUCUGGUCGUCUACCAUUCGCCCUUUCCAAUUUCACUUCCUUACAAAUUCUUCUGCUUAGUGGAAACCAAUUUUCAGGUCCAAUUCCACAUUCUAUUGGGGAACUGUACCAAGUACUCAAGCUUGAUCUUAGCCAGAAUUCGCUUUCCGGUUCAAUUCCACCAGAAAUCGGAAACUGUUUCCAUCUAACAUACCUUGACAUGAGCCAGAACAAUCUCUCUGGCUCAAUCCCACCCGAAAUCUCCCACAUCCAUAUCCUGAAUUACUUGAAUUUAUCAAGAAACCACUUGAUUGAAUCCAUUCCAAGAUCGAUUGGGACCAUGAAAAGCCUCACAAUUGCUGAUUUCUCCUUCAAUGAAUUCUCGGGUAAGUUACCGGAAUCCGGCCAAUUCGCCUUCUUUAACGCCUCGUCUUUUGCGGGCAAUCCUAGACUCUGUGGUUCUCUUCUUAACAAUCCUUGCAACUUCUCUGCAAUCACUUCCACACCCAGAAAAGCCCCUACAAAUUUCAAGCUGAUCUUCGCAUUAGGCCUCCUGAUAUGCUCUCUAAUAUUCGCAACAGCUGCCAUAAUCAAAGCCAAGUCCUUAAAGAAAAACGGGUUGAAUUCAUGGAAGAUGACCGCCUUUCAAAAGCUCGAUUUCACAGUCUCUGACAUCCUGGAAAGUGUGAAAGAUGGGAAUGUGAUUGGCAGAGGAGGAGCUGGGAUUGUCUACCAUGGAGCAAUGCCAAAUGGGGUUGAAAUUGCAGUGAAGAAACUACUUGGUUUUGGCACUAAAAGUCAUGACCAUGGUUUUCGAGCUGAAAUCGAAACAUUAGGAAACAUCAGGCACCGAAACAUCGUUAGAUUGCUUGCUUUCUGUUCAAACAGGGAAACCAAUUUGUUGGUCUACGAGUACAUGAAAAAUGGAAGCUUAGGAGAGGCAUUGCACGGGAAAAAGGGUUCGCUGUUGAGUUGGAAUUUGAGGUACAAAAUCGCCAUUGAAGCAGCUAAAGGUCUCUGCUACCUUCACCAUGAUUGUUCACCACUGAUUGUUCACAGAGACGUGAAAUCCAACAACAUCUUGUUGAAUUCCAGCUUCGAAGCUCACGUCGCCGACUUCGGGCUCGCUAAGUUUCUGGUGGACGGUGGCGCGUCGGAGUGUAUGUCGGCUGUUGCGGGUUCUUAUGGCUACAUUGCUCCUGAGUAUGCAUAUACAUUGAGGGUGGAUGAGAAGAGUGAUGUCUAUAGCUUUGGAGUAGUACUUCUAGAACUCCUUACUGGACGAAGGCCGGUGGGCGACUUUGGCGAUGGCGUUGACAUCGUACAAUGGGCCAAGAAAGCGACCAGCAGCGAUCGGAGAGAAGAUGUUAGUUGCAUUGUUGAUGCUAGGCUCAAAGGGGUGCCUAAUGAUGAAGUGACUCACUUAUUUUUCAUUGCCAUGUUAUGCGUACAAGAAAACAGCGUUGAACGCCCCACGAUGAGAGAAGUUGUUCAAAUGCUCUCCGAAUUCCCUAAAUCUUCGUCGCCCGAGUACCAAUCUUCAUCCUCCUCCAAAUUACCUCAACAACAAAAGAAUGUUGAGAAAGAGAGGAGCUCCGCUGAAUUUAAGCAAGAUUUUUUAGUAUAAAAAGUUGGAACGUUUCUUUUUUCUUCUUAAUUAGAAAUGUAAUGUUAUCGUUAUUUGGUUUUGAUUUUCAUGUUUACUAAAUUUUUUAUUAACAAAAAACUUUUUGGCUUAGAUUUAGGCAUGGGAGAUUGGGUGCCGCAAUCGAUGUUCAAGAAUAAUUAAAAGGUUUCACCUUUUUUUUGUGUGGGGGAGGGCCAUCUAGGUUGAGAGUUUGCAAUGAUGUUACUGGGUUAUUGCAAUGUUCUCUUGUAUGAUACUUACCAUACUACUAUAUAAAAAUGAUUGCCUUACAUUUUUAA